AUGCCACACGAAGAAGACUAGCUAGAUGAGCCUAGCAAUAUACUAAUUGGAGAUGAAAAUUCAUUAAGUGAUGAUUAAAUCAAUGAAAGUCUAUUCAAUAGAUACGAUUAGAUGUUCAAUAUCUAUAAUUAAUUUGGCUCUAGAUUCUAAGAGACUGCCCAUUAUAUUGGCCUGCUUAUCAAGAAAAAUAUGAACUUGAACUAAAAGGUUGAAGAUUUAGAGGAUGAGUCACAUUAGUUAAAGGAGUAAUUAAAAUAGCAAGAAACAUCUUAUGAAAAUCUGUUGCAAUCUCUUACUGAAAAAGAUAAGGUCAUUGAAGAUUUACUUGGAGAGAAUACAAGUUUCAAGUUACAAAUUGAACAAUUAAUGGCACCAAGGAGAUAAGGAUAGGCAUAACAAUCUAUUUUGUAGUUUGGAUAGAGGGAUAUACUUAAAGAAAGAGAAGAAGCAAGGAAAUAGUAGGAAUAAGACCAAUAAAAGUAGAACUCAAUUAAGCUUUCAAAUAACAAAAAAGAUCAAGUUUAGUUGCAAAUUCCCAAUAAACAAUUAAAUUAAAAGUAGAUAAAUAGCAAUAGUAAACCGUAGUUAAAGUUAGAGCAAUAAUUGUAAAGAUUUGGUGGCACAUAUGAAUCUUUCUUUGAAAUAGAAUAAAAUCCAAUUGACAAGUAAUAGAGUAUUGAUGACAGUAGCUCACUUAGAGAUUUAUUCAGUAUGAGAAAUACUAAGAAAAGGUCUUCCCCUUCAAAGGAUCCGAAUGAAAAUUCUAUAAUUGAGGAUUAAUGGAUAACAAAUAAGAGGAAAUAAAGAAAGUCAUAUGAAGAAGAAUCCUAGAUAGCAGAUAAAUUUCAAAAGCUCAGUUAGGCAUUUUUCAAUCCGAAUCCUAAGAUUAAUCCAAAUGCUUUUGAUAGUGCUAUGAAUAAUAAUAUAGGAAGUGUAAUGUAAAGUCGGAAGCGAGAUUCAAUAGGUGCAAGCAGUGUCUAUUAAUUUGUUGAAGACUCAGGAAGUACUUCAUCACUGAUCAAUGCUGGCAUUAAAUUUGAUGCAAAACAAGCAUAGGAGAGUUUAAAGCAAGUAUAGUAAAACUAUAAUAAUAAUCAAAAAGCAAAGCACGAAAAAAAAUUUGAUAUUAAAGUGAUUGAGUAAGUCUCCGAUAGCUUUGUUGAGGAUUUCUUUACUGUCAAACAUGAAAAAAAAUAAAAUCUUAGAUCUAAUGCAUCGAACACUACAACAUCGGCAAACUCGAACAAACAAAAUCAAAAAAGUGGAGCUAAGAAAAAGUGA